GUACACCAAAGUCAGAAGUUUCUAUAACAACGGCUCUGACAGUAGUUCCGGCUGCAAGGCGAAUCACAGGUUUAUAUUAAUGCGCCGUUGUAAUACGUUUCCGUUUCUAUGGUAACAACUUGUAUGGCGGACGCGCCAUAUAAUCAGUUAAUAAUAAUAAACGUGUUGCUGUUUAUCUUAGGGAAAACACUGAUGUUUUCUGUCAGUAGAAGUUUAUUUAAAGUGCCUUGAAACACGCAGCGUUAUUUGACGUGUUGUAAUUUCCACUGAAACAGGAAGUCAGGGUGGGAUACAUCGAAUGGCUCCUCCCCCUUUAAAAACAAAAAAAGCCUAUCGCGUCUAUCUCACCUCAUACACCCGCGCUAAGCUGUACUUGACAGUUAGCAGAGUGGAUUUUUAUACUGUUGGGGGAAGGACUCUAAAGAGUCUAGAGAGCGUUUGAUUGGACAGAAAAUCUGAUGAGAGUCUGAUGUGCGGACUGAUGUCGUCGAAAUUGUUGAUCCGUUUCGGUGGUGUGUUUUGAACGCGUAUAUCUGACAAAAUUUGCAGUUUAGAACUGUUGGAGAAGACUUUAUAGAUAAGACUUUAUAAAUAGUUAAUAGAUAACCGUAAGGCGGACAUAUUCAUGUUAAAAGCCACAAGACGGCAAAUUGCACUUCAUUUUUGGAAGGAGUCUCCAGUGUCAGCACAUCGUCACAAUCGGAGGUUUUUCCGCCAUGGGAAAGUCUUCAGAAUGGGGCACUUUCCAGUUUCUCGGCGACAUGAUACGAUUAUUAACUUUAAGAGCGAGAAAGCGGAUUAGAAAAUGACUGUUUAUAGCUGCUGUAAUGACGGAGCACAUCAUUAAACUACGUUUUUCCUGCGCUGUUGACGUGACGGGAAAGAAAGUAUGCACUAAGCUUUGCCAUCAUAAAGCAGUGGAGCUGAAGGACGACGUGUGUGAGAAGCAGAGCGCGGUCACUAUUAACCCUCGGCACAUGAAGAAAGCUUUCAGGAUCAUGAACGAGUUGCGCAGUCAGAGUGUGUUGUGCGACGUGACCAUUGUAGCAGAGGACGUGGAGAUCGCAGCACACCGCGUGGUUCUGGCAGCUGGGAGCCCAUAUUUCCAUGCCAUGUUUACAGGUGAGAUGAGUGAGAGCAGACAGAAGAAGGUGCGGAUAAAGGAGAUAGACGGCUGGACGCUGGGGAUGCUGAUCGAUUAUGUUUACACUGCUGAAAUACAGGUCACCGAAGAGAACGUACAGGUGCUGCUGCCAGCCGCAGGUCUUCUCCAGCUGCAGGAGGUGAAGAGAGCGUGUUGCGAGUUUCUCUCCACUCAGCUCCACCCCACGAACUGCCUCGGAAUCCGGGCCUUCGCCGACCUGCACACUUGCUCCGACCUCCUCAACCUGGCCAACUCGUACGCAGAGCAGCACUUCUCGGAGGUGAUGCAGUGCGAGGAGUUCCUCAACCUGGGCAUGGAGCAGGUUUGCAGUCUCAUCGCCAGCGACAAACUCACCAUACCUUCUGAAGAAAAGGUGUUCGAGGCGGUUAUCGCGUGGGUCAAGCACGAUAAGGACGUGCGACAGGAGCAUAUGUCUCAUCUGAUGGAGCAUGUACGCCUGCCUCUCCUCUCCAGAGAGUACCUCGUACAGAGGGUGGAGGAGGAAACUCUGGUGAAGAACAGCAGCGCUUGUAAGGACUACCUGAUCGAGGCCAUGAAGUACCACCUGUUGCCGGCCGAGCAGCGCUCCAUGAUGAAGACCGUCCGCACCAGAGUGCGCACGCCAGUCAGCUACCCGAAGGUGAUGGUGGUGGUUGGGGGCCAAGCACCAAAAGCUAUCCGCAGUGUGGAAUGUUAUGACUUUGAAGAGGAGAGAUGGUUCCAAGUGGCAGAGCUGCCAUCCAGACGAUGUCGAGCAGGCGUAGUGUACAUGGGUGGCAUGGUGUACGCCGUCGGAGGCUUUAACGGCUCUCUGCGCGUGAGGACGGUGGACGCGUACGACCCUGUGAAAGACGAGUGGUGCUGUGUGAGCAGUAUGCAGGACCGGAGGUCCACACUCGGUGCCGCCGUUCUCAACGGACUUCUUUAUGCCGUGGGUGGUUUCGACGGCAGCACAGGUCUUGCUACUGUUGAGGCGUACAACUCGAAGACCAACGAAUGGUUCCACAUAGCUCCCAUGAACACCCGGCGCAGCAGCGUGGGGGUGGGCGUGGUCGGAGGUAUACUGUAUGCAGUUGGCGGGUAUGAUGGAGCAACACGUCAGUGUUUGAGCACUGUGGAGGCGUAUAACCCGAACACCAACGAGUGGUCAUACAUAGCAGAGAUGGGCACGCGGCGCAGCGGAGCAGGGGUGGGUGUGCUAAAAGGUCUGCUGUAUGCGGUGGGCGGGCACGACGGCCCGUUAGUCAGGAAGAGCUGUGAGGUGUACGACCCCGUCUCCAGCACCUGGAAGCAAGUGGCCGAUAUGAACAUGUGUCGCCGGAACGCAGGAGUGUGCGCAGUCGGCAGUCUGCUGUAUGUGAUCGGGGGUGACGACGGCUCCUGUAACCUGGCGUCGGUGGAGUUUUAUAAUCCCAGCACGGAUAAAUGGACCAUAUUGCCAAGCUGCAUGAGCACCGGGCGCAGCUACGCAGGUGUGACGAUCAUUGAUAAACCUCUUUGAACAACUGAAGAGUUGAAACUCUGUUGAAGUGUAAGCUGAAAAUAAGCUGAUGUGAUGCUGAGGAGUGGCUCACACUGAAGACGAGGCUGAAGCUUCCUCCUAGAGCUGCUUCCUGAUUCAGAAGGCCUGGACAAACACUGCUCUCUCUGUCUCUCUCUCUCUCUCUGUGUCUCUAUUUUUUUCUUCCUGUCUCUCUAUACAUCUCUCUAUCUAUCUAUCUAUCUCUCUAUCUAUCUGUCUCCCUCGCUCACUUUAUCUCUCUCUCUCACUCUUUCUCUUUAUCUCUCGAUCGUGCUCUCUCUCUCUGUCUCUCUCAGUUGUUCUAUCUCUAUAUUUCUAUACAUUUCUCUCUCUCUCUCUCUCUUCUCUCUCUUUUUCCUUUUAUUUGAGAGUAGUUACAGUAUGACGAAGAUUUUUUUUGCACUUUUACAGCAAAGUACUAACCAAGCGUGAUGGUUCAAACUCUAACGCGACCGAAAGGAUGCCUCUGAAAACACUAGCGUAAACGUUCCAGCGUCUGUCCGCGGAGUUUAGGAGCGAGUCUACUGACCUGAAGGAACCCCUUCGAAAAUCCAUCGUGGACGAAUCCGACUCGGAACGGGACUCGAUUUAAAAAAAAAAACAAAAAACAAAACCAAUGGACCAGCACUUUCUCACUCUGAAUCUCUGAAAGUCACUGGGACUGACGAGAUGAUUUUAUGAAGAAGGAUAACGGACUAACGGACGAUUGCUGUCGUUUGAUUUCAUGGCAGGAAUGAGAGCUGCUAAUCUACGAGCAGAAGCUGCAUGGGGUGAACAUUUAAUAGGAGGACUUGCACUUGCGUUUCUCGAGUUUCUUUUGCCAAACCCAAGUUUUUGAAAAGUCUUAACGCUCAACAUUUCAUUUCUUAUGCACCGUGUCUUUUAACCGUGAUCCAGCUGGGUGUGAAUAUCGGUUCUGGAUGUAUCCGUGAUGCGCUGCUCUGCUGCUGCGUGUGUCUGAGCAUGUAUGUCGUUUCGGACUGCUGCUGGCUGCUCGGCUGUGGAAGUGCUUCUGCAUGGAUCUAGGUUUUCGUGUGUGUGUGUGUGUGUGUGUGUGUGUGUGUGUGUGUGCGUGUGCGUGUGUGCGUGCGUGUACUGUUUUUAAACUACUGCUGUCAUCUGUUCAGUGAAGAAUGGGACACUGCGUCGCUCUGCCAACUGCUGAACACUGACCAAAUGUUCUUUCUUUCCUUUCCUUUUAUCUUCUGUACCUUUUCUAAUCUCAGUUCUGUACUCUCUCUAGUGUUUCUCUUUAACUAUUAUUAAUUAUUGUUCUCAAUAUUAAAACUAGGUGUCGGUCAAGAGGAAUGCAGCGCGCUCAAACCAUUUCAUAACGUGUUUUAUAUCAUGAAUAAUAAACAUGCUUCUUGUAUUUAAA